AGCAACUACAACAAAAGUAAUUGAGCAAAAGACUCUUCCUCUUGGACCGGCGACUCACAAAAAUGGUAUCGCGGAGAAAAAUAUUAUCACGUUCGCGAGAUGAUCUAAACCUGGAUCAGACAUUCACGCAGCAGGAGGAAGAGGAGGAUGUUUGGUAUCAGAAAGACAAACUUUACAAGGAACACAUACAGGAAGUGCUGGAUAAAUGGACGCAAAUCGAUGAUGAGAUCUGGGCUAAAGUAAUUGUGUUUGAGCGCAAUCGCCGCGUGGCCAAAGCUUACGCACGUGCACCGGUGCUGACCAUCAAUGGCUCCGACGAUGGCUUCGAUGGCAUGCGCAUUGGCUUGUGCGGCUUUGACAAUCCCAUGCGAGAUCAGAAGACGGACGAGAUGAAACGCGUCAUCGGCCAGGGCGUGAAGAUCAAAAUGGACGAUGCUGGCAACAUACUUGUUCGUCGCUAUGCGAAAAGCAACGUUUUUGUUAAGAGCACCGCCAGCAAUCCCAACGAGGAGACCUCCAUUGGUGCCGAAAUAUUGAAGCUGCCAAAUCAGGCUCUCGAAAGCGAAAAAAUAGUCAAGCUCUUCGACAUGAAGAAGUUUCAGUCGAACGUUAAUCGUGAACUGCGCCGUGCCUAUCCAGAUCGUCGUCGCUUGGAAACGCAAUGCCUAUCGGCAGUGGCCUUUGUCAAAUCGGAGAAUGACAUUUUGGAGUGCCCCAUUUGGGUGCUCAUUGUGAAUGUGGUAGCCAUGGAUAUGCUAAAGAGCAAACUGCCGCCAGUGCAACGUCCCAUUGUGGACAUUAAAAAUCGCCCGCGCAUACCCAUACCAGAUGAAGAUCCCUACAGUGUUGCGGGCAAUGGCAGCAAUGGAAGCUCGGGCAGCUCUGGCUUUGGCAGCGGCCACCAGCAGCAGCAGCUGCAACAGCAACAACAACUUCAACAGCAGCAACUUGGAAAACAUUUGAAUAAUGGCAGCAACAAUGGUCAUGUGGCCGCCACCCGCGAGCAAUUGUUACUGCAGACGCAGCAAUUGGCGCACAAACGCAGCGAGAAGCCACCCAAAUUGCCACCCAGGGAUAAUGUGUAUGCGCACGAUCUGAUUCCAAAGCCGGACUAUGAUGACAUCGAUUUGGAGACCAGAAUUAAAUUGUCGCGCGGAAAGUCCGACAAAGGAAAGGACAACAAGAAAUACGACGAUCCUUAUUACUGUGGCUUGCGUGCACGCGUGCCUAACUUCGUGAAAUCAUCCAAGUCAAAGGAUCAAAGGGACGGUAAUGGUAAUAACAUCAUCAUGAAUGGCAACGGAAACAGCAACGGCAUCAGCACGCUCACCCAGAAAAAGACAUCGAUGAUACACAAUCACUUGUCUGGCAUGCAUCCGCAUGCCCAUCACAUACAGCAGCAGCAGCAACAGCAACUAAUGGCGGCUGCAGCAGCAGCUGCGCAUGCCGUGCACCACCAGCAGCCACCGAGUCAUCAUCCACAUCAGAUCUGGCAGACGCGCAGCUAUGAGAGUGGCAUAGAUUCCGAGCUUGUCGAAUCCCCAUACAAUCACAUCUAUGGACGCCAUUUACCGCUGCCAACUCGCGGCUAUGUACCCACACCACGUAUGUUUAUUGGGGAAUGGGACUGAGACGAGGUGAUGGAAGGAAAGAGCUAAAUGCUUCGCUAUAAACAAACACACUCAUAAUUGCACCACAAUCAGCCGAGCGCCAAGGCACAAAAUGAUUUUUAAUAAUGCAGCCUCCCUUGCUGCGAGAGUGCAGCGAUAAUUUAAGUCAACCAGCUGAGAAAGAACAUUUUGAAACAAUUUGGAAGGUUCAUUAAUUAAUUAAA